GAGGCAGGAGGAAAAAGAAGAGUCAGAGAGAGAAGGAGAGUGAGAGCCGCCUGCAUUCAGGACGCUUUUGCACACGACGAAGCAGAAGGAACGGUCCUGAAAGCUUCAGAAAAUAAUUGCCCUACUUAAGGAACAGAGUAGCUGUCUUCUUGAUGCCAAGUUAUGUCAAGCCCGGAGCCUCCCUCUCUCUGUGUAGCUGUGACUCUCGGCAGGGCCAGCCAACGGCAUUCGUGAACCCUGAGCCUGGUGUCCCCGAGCUCCCCCCGGCGUCCCCGGGCCUGGAUGGUGGUGGCACCAGCAUCUGCUGAGACGUCCUCGUGGGGCAGUGACACAACUGACGCCGGCGACUCCGAGGGAAUCACCCAUCAGUUCAGGUGGCUCGGGACCCCCAAGCCGACCCACGCUUGAGCCGGCCGGCCUCUCAAGGCUUCUGGCAGGGGGCGAGGGCUGCCCAUGCCAGGGAGCCAGGUCGCGGGGCGAGCCGCGGGCCGGGGCUGAGGCGGCCGCCAUCCACGGGCCGCUAGAGCUGCCGCGUCCUCUGGCGAUGAGCGGGAAGGGCGGAGGCUGCCUGUGCGUGGAGCGGUUCUCCCUCUGCCUGCUGCUCGGCCUCUGCUGCUGGGGGUCCCCCGCUCUGGGCAAGCCCAAGGGCCCGGGGCACCCCCACAUGAACUCCAUCCGGUUGGACGGGGACCUGACCGUGGGCGGGCUGUUCCCUGUGCACGGGCGCGGCUCGGAGGGCAAGGCCUGCGGCGACCUCAAGAAGGAGAAGGGUGUCCACCGGUUGGAGGCCAUGCUCUUCGCUCUGGACCGCAUCAACAACGACCCCGACCUGCUGCCCAACAUCACCCUGGGCGCCCGCAUCCUGGACACCUGCUCGCGUGACACCCACGCCCUGGAGCAGUCGCUCACCUUCGUGCAGGCGCUCAUAGAGAAGGACGGCACGGAGGUGCGUUGCACCCACGGGGGCCCGCCCAUCAUCACCAAACCCGAGCGCGUGGUGGGUGUCAUCGGGGCCUCGGGCAGCUCCGUCUCCAUCAUGGUGGCCAACAUUUUGCGCCUCUUCAAGAUCCCCCAGAUCAGCUACGCAUCCACGGCGCCGGACUUGAGCGACAACAGCCGUUACGACUACUUCUCGCGGGUGGUGCCGUCGGACACGUACCAGGCCCAGGCCAUGGUGGAUAUCGUCAAAGCCCUCAAGUGGAACUACGUGUCCACGCUGGCCUCCGAGGGCAGUUAUGGGGAGAGCGGCGUGGAGGCCUUCAUCCAGAAAUCCCGGGAGGACGGCGGAGUGUGCAUCGCCCAGUCGGUGAAGAUCCCGCGGGAACCCAAGGCCGGAGAGUUCGACAAAGUCAUCCGGAGGCUCCUGGAGUACCCCCACGCCAGGGUGGUCAUCACCUUCGCCAACGAGGACGAUAUCAGGAGGGUGCUGGAGGCGGCCCGAAAGGCCAACCAGACGGGGCACUUCAUCUGGAUGGGCUCUGACAGCUGGGGCUCCAAGAUCUCUCCCGUGCUGCACCUGGAGGAGGUGGCCGAGGGCGCGGUCACCAUUCUGCCCAAGCGCAUGUCCGUGCGAGGUUUUGACCGCUACUUCACCAGCCGCACCCUGGACAACAACCGCCGCAACAUCUGGUUUGCCGAGUUCUGGGAGGACAAUUUCCACUGCAAGCUGAGCCGCCACGCGCUCAAGAAGGGAGGCCACAUCAAGAAGUGCACCAAUCGAGAGCGCAUUGGGCAGGACUCGUCCUACGAGCAGGAGGGGAAGGUGCAGUUUGUGAUCGAUGCUGUCUACGCCAUGGGGCACGCCCUGCAUUCCAUGCACAAGAACCUGUGCCCCGGCCAGGUGGGGCUAUGCCCCCGCAUGGACCCCGUGGACGGCGUGGAGCUGCUCAAGUACAUCCGCGGUGUCAACUUCUCAGGCAUCGCGGGGACCCCCGUGACCUUCAAUGAGAACGGGGACGCCCCCGGCCGCUACGACAUCUAUCAGUACCAGAUCCGGAACGCCACCCCCGAGUACAGGGCCGUCGGCACCUGGACCGACCAUCUCCACCUCAGGAUGGAGCGGUUGCACUGGCCCAGGGGCGGCCGGCAGCUGCCCAGCUCCAUCUGCAGCCUGCCCUGCAAGCCGGGCGAGCGGAAGAAGAUCGUGAAGGGCAUCCCCUGCUGCUGGCACUGCGAGCGCUGCGACGGGUACCAGUACCAGCAGGACAAGUUCACCUGCAAGAUGUGCCCGUUCGACAUGCGGCCCACGGAGAAUCACACGGCCUGCCGGCCCAUCCCCAUCGUCAAGCUGGAGUGGGGCUCGCCUUGGGCCGCGGUGCCCGUGGCCUUGGCCGUCGCGGGCAUCGCCGCCACCCUCUUCGUGGUGGCCACUUUCGUGCGCUACAACGACACGCCCAUCGUCAAGGCCUCGGGCCGCGAGCUCAGCUACGUGCUGCUGGCCGGCAUCUUCCUCUGCUACGCCACCACCUUCCUCAUGAUCGCCGAGCCCGGGCUGGGCACCUGCUCGCUGCGCCGGGUCUUCCUGGGGCUGGGCAUGAGCGUCAGCUACGCCGCCCUGCUCACCAAGACGAACCGCAUCUACCGCAUCUUCGAGCAGGGCAAGAGGUCGGUCAGCGCCCCGCGCUUCAUCAGCCCCGCCUCGCAGCUCGCCAUCGCCUUCAGCCUCAUCUCCCUGCAGCUGCUGGGCGUCUGCGUCUGGUUCGCGGUCGACCCCUCCCACUCCGUCGUCGACUUCGAGGACCAGCGGACUACGGACCCCCACCUGGCCCGGGGCGUGCUCAAGUGCGACAUCUCCGACCUGUCGCUCAUCUGUCUGCUGGGCUACAGCAUGCUGCUCAUGGUCACCUGCACCGUAUACGCCAUCAAGACCCGCGGCGUCCCCGAGACCUUUAACGAGGCCAAACCCAUCGGCUUCACCAUGUACACCACCUGCAUCGUCUGGCUCGCCUUCAUCCCCAUCUUCUUCGGCACGGCGCAGUCGGCCGAGAAGAUGUACAUCCAGACCACGACGCUGACCAUCUCGGUGAGCCUGAGCGCCUCGGUGUCGCUGGGCAUGCUCUACAUGCCCAAGGUCUACGUCAUCCUCUUCCACCCGGAGCAGAACGUGUCCAAGCGCACGCGCAGCCUCAAGGCCGUGGCGACGGCCGCUACCAUGUCCAACAAGUUCACGCAGAAGGGCGCUUUCCGGCCCAAUGGGGAGGCCAAAUCUGAGCUAAGCGAGAGCCUGGAAACACAAGCCCUGGCCACCAAACAGACCUAUGUCAGCUAUAGCAACCAUGCAAUUUAGCCCAAGCUGAUGGCGGCCUCCUAAAGGGCCCGUCUGGAGAAGGAGGAGGAAGAGGAGCAGCGGGAAGAGGAAGAACACAAGGAGGAGGAAGAGGAACACGAGGAGAAAGAGGUGGAGGAGGAGGAGGAGGCGGGCCUUCCCCAGAUGGGUGGGCAUCCCGAGCACUGCCCUGCUCGGGGGCAGGGCUGCCGUGAGGCGCUCGGGGGUGGAAGAUCAGAGCAGUGGCGGCAAACCCCCGCCCCCCCAGACCCGGUGAGCCGCGGCCACCCCUGCCAGGACCACCAGGAAGGGCGGCGAUGGAGAAUGGGGGUGGCCACUGCAGAGCCUCUCCGGCCUUGUCAUUGGGUAUCUUUGGUCAACUUUCCUUUCUUUUCCAAAAACCGUGUGGGGUUGUUUGUGAUUGUACAAAAAACUCUCGCUUCCUCUGUCUCUCUUUCUCUUUCUGUGUCUCCUCUGUUCUCCCUCUUUUUACUUCUUUCUCUCUUUG